AUGACUCGAAGUAAACGACAAAGAGUUAAAAUUUCAGUUCAAGAUUUUAAUAUUAAAUGUAUAAGCACAAGCAUUCUCAAUGACGUACAAAGCAAAACAAAAAAUACUUUAUUGGAAAAUGAAAAACCUCCAGUUAUUAGAAGAGGAGAAGGAGGGCAAAAAAUCGAUGUAUUAACUAAUUAUGUCCUUCUUAAAAAAGAUCCGGAAAAAAAUAUAUAUGAAUACGAUGUGAAAUUUACACCGGAAGUAGUUAACGCCGCUUAUCGCAUAAGGUGUUACGAUGGAGGAAAUAGUUUUUACCUACCAGAAAAAUUACCAGAAGAUGCAAUCGUUAUGAAAUUGAAACACCCGAAUGACAAUUCUUCUCUAAAUCUGACCGUUACGUAUAAAAAACAAAAAAAUUAUAAAGAGUGCGGAAAAUUUUUUAAUAUUUUAUUUAACAAUUGUGCAAAAGUUUUAAAAUUAGCCAGAUUGGGAAAAGAACAUUAUGAAUUUCGUUUAAGUCAUCAAAUUCCUCAACAUAAAUUAGAAAUUUGGCCUGGUUAUGUGACAAGAGUUGCAGAAUUUGAAGGGGGACUUCUUUUGUGUUGCGAUAUACGUCACAGGAUAUUACGUACCGAAAGUGCACUCGAAGUGUUUUCGAACAUUGCAGCAAUUGAUCCCCUUAACUAUAAAUCGGUGGCCUUUAAGGAAUUAAUAGGACAAUGUGUUCUGACACGUUACAACAAUAACUUGUACACGAUUGAUGACAUAGAUUGGGAUAGAACGCCAUUAUCAACAUUCAAAUUAUCAACGGGAACCGACAUAACUUUUUUAGAUUAUUAUAAAAGGCAAUACAACAUAGAUAUAAUUGAUUUGGAACAACCUUUGCUCGUUAGUAAAACUAAAAUAAAAAAUGAAAAGGGAGAAUUUAAAUUCAUGUACCUCGUACCGGAAAUUUGUCACAUGACGGGAUUAACUGAAAAAAUGAAAAACGAUGUAAAAGUUAUGAAAGAAAUAUCUGCGUACACGAGAAUCACUCCCUACCAAAGAAACUAUGCUUUCAAUAGGUUUUUGAGAAAUAUAAAAAAUAACGAUGAUGCCAAAGAAAUGCUUUUAGAAUGGGGUUUAAAUAUCGACGUAAAACCACUUGAAAUCGAGGCUCGAAUUUUACCCAAAGAAUUUAUCAUUUUAAAAGAUGACAAAAAAAUCGAAGCUCCGUCAAAUGGUUUUUGGUUAAGCUGCAUAAAAAAUUUUGGAGCUUUCCGUACCGUUCGCGUAAAUUCUUGGAUUUUGUUUCACACGUUAAAAGAUAAAAAUUUGGCAUAUAAAUUUAAAGAAAUGAUUUUAAAAGUUGGACCCGGUUUAGGUAUGAAAAUAUUAAAUCCGCAAAUGGUGGCAUUGAAAAAUGAUAAAAUUGAAUCCUACAUACAAGGUUUAAGAGAUAAUGUUAAUUCGGAAACGCAGGUUGUCCUUUGUUUAUGUCCCACAAUGAGAACGGAUAGAUAUUCGGCUAUAAAAAAAUUUUGCUGUAGAGAAACGCCGAUUUUAUCUCAAGUUGUUAACACUUGUACAAUAUCAAGAGAUCAUUUAUUAUCCUCCGUCGCGCAAAACGUCACACUUCAAAUAAAUAAUAAACUGGGAGGAGCUUCUUGGGGUGUUCACAUCCCAUUGAAAAAUUGCAUGGUUUGCGGCAUAGAUAUUUUUCACGAGAAAAACAAUAACAGCGUGGGCGGUUUCGUAUCAUCCUUCGAUAAUAAUUUCACAAAAUGGUUUUCGAAAACUUGCAUUCACGAACCCAAUCAAGAAUUAAUGAACGGAUUGGAAUCGUAUCUCGAUGUUUACAUGUGUUUACAGGAAAAUAAAGUUUUACCCAACAGGAUAUUUAUUUUUCGCGACGGCGUAAGUCACGGCAUGUUACGAUACGUUCAAGAUCACGAAGUUUUACAAUUUUCCGAAGCUUGUAAAUUACUAUCUAAAAAUUACAAGCCUAAAAUAUCGUUUAUAGUCGUUGCGAAAAGGAUAAAUAUAAAAUAUUUUGAAAUUUCUGAGAACACGUCAACCGUAGAAAAUCCUCCAAUCGGAAGCGUUGUGGAUCACACGGUGACACUUAGAAAUAAUUAUGAUUUUUUCCUAGUUUCACAACAUGUUAAAAGUGGUACAGCCAAACCAUCUCAUUACAUUGUACUUCAAGAUGAAAAUAAUUUACAACCCCAUCAAAUGCAAAGAUUAACAUAUAAAUUUUGUCAUUUGUAUUUUAAUUGGUCUGGAACUAUAAGAGUACCUGCUCCCUGCAUGUAUGCUCACAAGUUGGCUUUUUUAGUCGGUCAGUACUUGAAAGGACCCGUUCACAGUACUCUGGAGGAUAAAUUGAUGUUAAAAUUAGUUUUAUGGUUAGACUAUUACUUACAGUUGUGGAAGAAAUACAUAAUUGUAACAUUGCAAUUGAUAAACAAUAGUUUAAGCGAAAAAGAACCAAGAAAGCAGUAUCCAUUUGAUUAG